CCUUCAAUGGCUUCUUUAUCAGCAUUUCAUACUUCUCCUACCCCUACUCCUCAGCAACCUCACAAUACCACUCAUAACAAUAGCAUGCUUUCUCUCCCAAAUCCAAAUUCUUCUUCAUCUGUCGCAUCUUCAUUGAUGCGUCAACAAACUUUAUAUCCAAUGGACACUAGUAAUAAUAUUGGUUUAGGAAAUAUGUCUUCGAUCGCUGGCAUGGGCGGUUCUUUAGGUGUUGGUAGUUUUUCAAGGCAUACAAUGACUUCUAAUGAUGCUACUAAUUUGGGUCAUUUUGCUGUGGUAGAUGAUCCU